UUGUUUGAACUGCUCAGACCAGCAGAGUCAGAGAGAUUUAACACUGCGCCACAAAGCCCAAUCAGUUUGAAAAAAUGAGCAACGAAUCUCUUGUGAACGUGGAGAACUGGAUUGCAGCGAACGAGAAUGCUUUCCUGCCACCAGUGUGCAACAAGCUCAUGCACUUUUCCCAGUUGAUCAUCAUGUUUGUCGGAGGUCCCAAUACCAGGAAGGAUUACCAUAUAGAGGAAGGGGAGGAGCUGUUCUACCAGGUGAAGGGAGACAUGUGUCUGAAGGUGAUAGAAAAUGGGAAACACAAGGAUGUGCACAUCAAGGAGGGACAGAUGUUCCUGCUGCCGGCUCGGAUCCCCCACUCCCCCCAGAGACAGGCCAACGCUGUGGGACUGGUGGUGGAGAGGAGACGGCUGCUGACUGAGACCGACUGCCUGAGGUACUUUGUGGACAACACCACCUGCACCCUGUUUGAGAAGUGGUUUUACUGUGAGAAUCUGGGAACCCAGCUGGUGCCAAUAAUCAAAGAGUUCAUGGCAUCAAAGCAGGCCAAAACAGGAAAGCCUGAUUCAAGCGAAGUCUUCGGAGAACCCCCGUUCCAGCUGAACACCAUGAACGUGAUGUCCCCUUUCUCCUUCAAAGACUGGCUGGACAAGCAGAGGCCGUCCCUGUCCGGCAGCAGUCCCAUCGACAUGUUCGGAGCUCAGUUUGAGACAGAGGUGAUGGUGUUUGGACCAGGGCUGACGGAGACGUCUGUGCGACAAAGCGACGUGUGGAUCUGGCAAAUGGAGGGAUCUUCGAGAGUUACUAUGAACGAGCAGGAGUUCAGUCUUUCUGCAGGAGACAGUUUACUCGUUCCUGAACAGAGCCAGUACCAGUGGCAGAGAGAUGAGGGGACAGUUGCCCUGUUUGUGGUCCAAAACCCUGAGCGGAAGAGACCCUGAACAUCACAUGCCAAGUCACGCACAGAUGACAUUACAUAGUAUUCUGUGUAGAUGUGGAGAAGACCUCAAUAGUAAUGAGUAGUACAUACAGGAAGUAUAGUCAAUUAAAAGUACUAAUUUUAGUUAAAAGCUUCAUUCUUUGUACCUAUUUCAGUAUUGAUAAAUGCCGUGGGCUAUUGAAAUUUAAAAAAAUGUAUUUGUGAAUUGCAUUUCCAGUCCAACUGCCCCAUAAACUGAUACGCAAUGUAGAUUUUUAAGUCAGGCUGUUCUCAUAUAACGUUCGUAGCUAUGCCUAUGAAAGUCAAUGCGCUGUAAUUCCCAAGAUAUCCCAUGACAUCAAUUUGUAUAAAAUCCACGUAAUCAUAAACCACGAUGUAUAAAGGCAGCAGAAACCCACACAGAGCGUAAUGGUAGGUCAAACAAAAAACGGUCUCUCACCCAGGAGACCCUCGUUCGUGCGCCGUGUGAAACGAGAAGUCAUCUUUGAUUUAUUUGUCAAGUAACUUCUGUACUGAAGUAAUGCCUCUUCCGUAGUUAUUACAACCCAAGCCACAAUCUUUUCCUAAACCUAACUAAGUAUUUCACGAUCUUUUACGAAACCUAAGUAAGAAACCUAACCAAGUAGU